UACUUAGUGAGUCUCUUCCCUCUUGUGCGAUUAUUUAUAUCUUGUUGCAUGCUAAGUGUUGGUUGCUUUGUGUUACUAACCUUUUGCAUUUGGCAUGGGAGUACGAGGUGAGUCCCUUCCUGCUGUGUAAGUAGGUUUGUUUGUGGAUGAUAUAUUUGUUGAGUGCUUUACAUGCUUUAUUUGAUUGCUGUGGGAUAUAUGUUGCUAUUUUUGUGGUUGCCAUUGUGCAAGUUAUUGGAGUGUCAUGCCCCUUUGCACACACCCACUCUCAUUUUGCAUUAGGUCCGUGUCGGAGGUGAACCCGACCUCUAGUCUAGAAUCCUUAUGAAUCUGGCUUGGAAGAGCAAUUCUUCCCGCUUUGAGGAGUAAGAUCGGUUCCCAUUAGGUUGUUUCCAUUGGUUAAUACGACACUUGAUGAUGUAAUAUCAUUCUGUGUAUUAGCUUUUGGAAAUGUCUCCCGUUGAUUCCAAAAGGAUAAAUGGUUGAGAAGGCCUAAUGCCCUGUAGGAAAACAUGUAUUGACCUUAGAGAGAUACCAACCCUAAGACAUGUUUCCCUUAGCAUCCCACCCGUGAGGUUAAGGAUCCCGUGUCUAAGACAAAAGGGGCAUUUUUCUUCACUAACUUUGUCUCCGCACAUGACAGGUUUUCGUUUUUAUACACAUUUGAGGUAUGAUUAGUUAUUCAUCUUCUGCAUUUAGACAUCAUUCUUGAGGUAAGGAGCAUUCCAUACACUUGGUGUCUUCACUUUCAACCCCAUGCAUAAAAAAAAAAAAGAAAAAAGAAAAAAAAGAAGUUCAUGAUUGUUUCACAUGUCAUAUAUCCAUCCCAUUCAUUUCACAUUAAAUCUUCCAUAUGUCUUGAAAAUUUCAUGUAUGUCCAUCGUAUUGCCUUUUCCAUC